AACAUAACCAAACUGAAUAAGGGAUUGACCAACCAGGUGUUUUGAGUCACAGAUGGCAAAUCUAUCGGGCUUUGCAAUCCUUGAAGUAACCCAAUCUUGAGGAGCCAACCCAAAAGAGCAACAAAGGUUUCACGACGGGGGAGAUGGAUUUGAUAGCUGGAACUUUGCUUCUUCCUUUUUAUUGUCGCGCAAAAAUGCCCUGUGCAAAACCUGACGGAGUUCGUUGUUCUUGCUCAAUGGUGAAUGACAAAUCCGAAAGUGGAUAAAACCUUCGCAGGAAAAAACAAUAAGAGAAAUUGAACGCGGAUAAAAAAAUGUAACUAUAUUAGAACUUAGAAGAGACUACCGGUCCCCUUAACUAACAUCGCGAAGCCAAGUGAUGAUUGUAUUACGUCCACUUAGAGUCUUACACCUUCCCUGGUCUCAUUCGCUUGGAUUUUGAAUUUGGAUAUGGAUAUAGAUUCUCUCUCAUCUUCAAUAUGAGCUAUCUUCACAGAGAGAGUUCUCACUGAGACACGUGGACGCAGCUGCUACUUUCCCCUUCCCAAUCGGAUGACGCUGGUGGCGCUCUUCGCUGCCGCCACCAAGCUCGCCGGAGCUCUGAUUACACUGACUGUCGCCGCCAAUGCCUUCUCAUUCUCCCGUUAUCGCAACAAGAACCUCCUUCCCUUCCGUUCCCCCAUCGACGAGUCCUCCGACACCCUCGCCGUCUUCGACCUCUCCGAAGGAGAGAAUGGGUUUUUCUUUGGUUUGGCAACAGCACCAGCACAUGUUGAGGAUAGGCUUGACGAUGCUUGGCUACAAUUUGCUGAAGAAAAGGCUGACUACGUGGAGCCGAAAGCGCCGAAGCAGCCGGUUGAUGCAUUGAUGGGCUCUGCAGCCGGUGAUGGUGGCUCUCAAACAGCUGGAGCGUCUCCACGGCACACCGGUAAGCAAGUUAAGAAGGGUAAGAAACCUCUUAAGAUUGCUAUGGAGGCCAUGAUUAGAGGUUUUGAGAAGUACAUCGAAGUGGAAGGUCAAGAAGAAGAACAAGAAGAAGAAGAAGUAGAACAUCAUCAUAAUGUAACUGCUUGGCAUAAUGUUUCGCACCCGGAGGAAAGGUUAAGGUUUUGGUCUGAUCCUGAUACAGAAUUGAAAUUAGCCAACGAUACUGGUAUUAGUGUUUUCCGCAUGGGAGUUGAUUGGUCAAGAAUCAUGCCAAAGGAGCCUGUCAAUGGCCUCAAAGAAUCUGUCAACUAUGCUGCCAUUGAGCGAUACAAGUGGAUUAUCAAAAGGGUCCGAUCAUAUGGAAUGAAGGUGAUGCUUACUCUUUUUCACCACUCACUUCCACCCUGGGCGGGUGAGUAUGGAGGUUGGAAACUGGAAAAGACAGUGGAUUAUUUCAUGGAAUUUACCAGGCUUGUUGUAAACAGUGUAUCAGGUUUAGUAGACUACUGGGUGACAUUCAAUGAGCCGCAUGUCUUCAGCAUGCUAACUUAUUGUGCUGGAGCUUGGCCUGGUGGUCAUCCUGAUAUGCUGGAGGCUGCGACUUCUGCCCUUCCAACCGGUGUUUUUCAGCAGGCCAUGCAUUGGAUGUCUAUUGCACACUCAAAGGCAUAUGACUACAUCCAUGAAAUAAGCUCAUCAAAUACAAUGGUGGGUGUCGCACACCAUGUGUCGUUUAUGCGACCCUAUGGUCUGUUUGAUGUUGCUGCUGUUACCUUGGCUAAUUCAUUGACUAUAUUCCCAUAUAUUGAUGGAAUAUCUGACAAGCUGGACUUCAUAGGCAUUAAUUACUAUGGGCAGGAAGUGGUUUCAGGGCCUGGCCUGAGACUGGUAGAAACUGAUGAGUACAGUGAAUCUGGUCGUGGGGUAUAUCCUGAUGGCUUGUACCGAAUGUUGCUCCAGUUCCAUGAAAGAUACAAGCAUUUAAAUGUCCCCUUCAUCAUUACUGAGAACGGAGUUUCAGAUGAGACAGAUGUGAUCCGGCGACCAUAUAUGUUGGAGCAUUUGCUUGCAAUUUAUGCAGCCAUGAUCAUGGGCGUGCCUGUGCUUGGUUACUUGUUCUGGACUAUUUCUGAUAACUGGGAGUGGGCUGAUGGAUACGGUCCCAAGUUUGGACUUGUAGCAGUUGACCGCAAAAACAAUCUAGCACGGAUCCCCCGCCCUUCUUACCAUCUAUUUUCUAGAAUUGUGACUACAGGAAAAGUUACACGUGAAGAUCGUGAUGGAGCGUGGGAUGAACUCCAAAGAGCUGUUAGAGAGAAGAAAACAAGGCCAUUUUACCGGGCUGUGGACAAACAUGGUUUAAUGUAUGCAGGUGGACUUGAUGAGCCUAUACAGCGGCCAUAUAUCAAACGAGAUUGGCGGUUUGGUCAUUAUGAGAUGGAAGGUCUCCAGGAUCAUUUGAGCCGCUUCUCAAGAUUCAUCAUCCGACCCUUCUCCCUAAAGAAGAAAAGGAAACCUCAAAAAGAAAAUCCCAAUUUAGUUCUUCAGCGUCUUCCAAAUUAGCAAUUGAUAACAUAUCCGAAUUCUUCAAGUGAUGGACACUUUCAAUAUGUAGUACCAAAUAGCUUCUUCAUGUCUACAAUAUGGUACUUCACUUGGUAUAAUUCUCACUAUUGUAAAGGUCAGCGAACUUUUUGAGAUAUGCCAAAGUGAAUCUCCUACCAAAUUAAGCACUAGACGAUAGUAUGGAAGGGGUAUUCUUGUCAAAACUCAACUUGUUCCAUGUAGAAGGUUCAUUCGUUAAGAGCUUAAUGAAGAUGAGAAAAAGGUGGCUAGCUGGCAACAUGCUCUUCUAUGAUAAAGAAGAGAAUAAGAGUACAUAAUCUGAUAACAUUUUUCUUAAA